CUUCUUCUUCUUCGUCUUGUGAAACCCAUCACCACCUCCCAGACCAGUUUCUCUGUGCAUUUAAACAAUGUCCAUAGAUCAACCAAUAUUCCUCUUCAUCUUCUUCUUCACUUAGUUUGCAUCUCCUCGUCGACAAGGACAAAGAAGAAAAAUAUCGUCGCGAACAACAACGACGACAAGAGCAUGACUGGAGGACUCCGUAAGUAAUCCAGUGGUGAGUGAGUGAGAUUACAGGACCCGUGGCAACAUGCCACUCGAACGGUUAGAGGAAACUGCGUUAUUAAAGUAAACAACAAUAUGGUAUUCUAUUCUCGGUCGUAUAACGUACCGUAUGGUUGCAGUAAAACAAUGGGAAACAGGGGUACGAAUAAUACAUCAUCAGUAUCGCGUCGUGGAUGAGAAGAAGGGGUGGAGUUUUGCUACGACUACUUUCUCUGUAAAAGUGUUAUCAAUAUUAAAGUAAAAAAGGACACAAUUUGUGCCAACUUUUGGAACAAUGUGUGAAGCAAGAAGAUGUUGCUUGUCAAUAUUUUCGGUCUGUUUGGCCAUAAUUGUUUAUAUCGUGGUGGGUGCGUUGGCCUUCUUUUUCCUGGAGAGUCACUAUCAGAAGAAUCACGGCGACAUUAUUGCCGUCGAGAGUGUGAGUCAUCAGGAGUUGGAUACCAUUAGGAACGCGACAGUACAAAGAUUAUGGACUCUCACAAUGGAACUGAACGUCUUCUACGAAUCCAACUGGACGCAAUUGGCAGAACUUGAGUUGCAAAAAUUUCAAGAGGACGUUCUUCGGCAUUUGUAUCUCUUAGAGGGGUCAGAUUACCAUCGGAGAGAGACCUACAUUUAUAAUGACGACUCUUUCGAAAACUUUCCUGCUGCUUUGCUCUACGCAUUGACCCUGAUUACGACAAUAGGUUAUGGGAGCGUAAGUCCAAAAUCUCUGGCUGGUCGCAUUUUGACCGUUUUCUAUGCAGCGAUAGGAAUUCCACUCACUUUGUGCUAUUUGGCCACCGUGGGCGACUUUCUAUCCAGAUGUAUCCGAACUAUUUAUUACAAAAUACGGUGCGGAAAGCAGAGGAAGGGAGGAUGCGGUGUGCCCAUUCCGGUCUCGUUGGUCCUAGUCUUUUGCUACCUGUGUGGGGGUGCUGGAGUAUUCUGGUGGCUAGAAGGCUGGCCUUUUGUGGAUGCAAUUUUCUUCUGUUUCGCCUCACUAGCGACAAUUGGAUUCGGUGGGAUGUUGGACCCCAGAUUUUGUAAACAUGUCUCCCUCUUGGUCUCAUCCGUGUACAUCCUUCUCGGAAUGGCACUAAUUAGUACCGUUUUCAACUUAGUCCAAGAGGAAAUCGUGCGAGGGAAGUCUGGCCGAGGUCGACACUACCACCGACCCAUAUCUUGACUAUCCAACAAUAAGGACAUGGUCCCCCCGCAAGAAAAUCACAUCGGGUUACAGCACAUAACGCUCGAUGCGACAAAUUCCUCUCUGGGUGACGAGUAUUUUGUUCCAAAAAGCAUGGUUGCAGAGUUUUUUGCACCACAACCCAACGUAGUGGAGAUGGCCACGAUGGGGAACAACAUCAACUACGGGUGCGGCUCGGCUACCCUUCCAAGGCCCACGAGGUCAAAAACUGUGACGUUCGAGGACGAAAAGUUUAGCAAAGAAGCGCCUCCGGACGUUUUCAUGUGAAGUCUUUAAACCAACGAGAUAUUCGAUUUCAUACACAAGAAACUAUGAGACUUUAUAUGUUCGUAUGUACAAACACAAUCCAUUGCUUUCAUUCCCUUCCAUGAUAUAAUUCAAGUAAUAUUGCCAUCACCAUUCGUGGGGCCACCCGUCCAACACCUCCUCCUCUGUUCUUAUUCUUCUGCUCAUCCCGAUAAAAUCAAUCAUCCACUCACAUACCCGUCCCAACCUAGAUUAUUGUUUGUUUAAUUCUUGUUUAAUUGUUAAUGUGUGUCUGUGUAGAAGAACCUCGUCGCAUCAGAAAUAAGACAAAAAAAGUGGAGCAGAUUCGUUAUGUCCGGUGUGUGUACUGACUCGCGCAGAGGUUACCAAUCAAAUCAAUGGCGAUAAGCAUACCGAUUUAUGUUUACACUCAUUCACGACAACGACGAGAUUAUACUUAUGUAAACUCCAAUUUUUACGACAUUAUGAAUUGAUACUCCUUGACCGGUAGAAAUACACUUUUAUAAAUAAUCAAAAUGGAUGACGAUGAGGCAGGCAGGAUGAUCUCCAAACAACUAUCACUUUCUAGCCAAUCGUCAAUCAUAAAUAAAUCACAAUAAUUUUACACAUAAUCAAUAAUCAUAUACGGUUUCGAAUAGAAAAUCGAUGCCAAAUCAGACACAAGGCUCUCCUUCUUCUUGGUCGUGUUUCAGUUAAAUAACGGACACAGUCAUAAAAUAUCCAAUAAAAAUGCUAUAAAAAAGCUGGAUGAAGGAUAACAUAACCAUGCAGUAUUUUCCUCAGAAUAAUAAUAAAUCUCAUCUCCUCCUCAUAUGAAACGUACAAACUUUCAGAGCGUUUUCAUGUAAACUUAUAUCCAAAAAAUACUCUGCUUGCAUGGAGAGUCUCCUCACAUAAACUUAAUAAAUAAAUAAAUACAUACAGGAUUGUGAACGCUUUACACACUUUUGUAAGGCUUAGAAUACACGAGUUAAUUGUUGUGAGUAACGGUAGGUUGUGCAGAGACGGAUUUGCAUACAUAGCCUGUAGAAAUAUAAAGAAAUCAGGUAAUAUCAUCAACUUUUUGUAAUGGUAAUAUUUAAUAAAAGCAAUUUUUAAUAAAAAUCAUGCUAUGAAAAAAUUCAAAAA